GUGUGACUGACUGACUGCGAGAGGGUCGCGGGUCGUUAUCCUUUGUUGUUUGUUCCGUCGUUUCUGUGUAAAACGCGCGUUUCUUUUUCAUUUAAAAGUGCCAAACUUUUGCUAAAAUGAAUCAAGACUCGGAAGGUUGUUAUGUGACAUGCACAGCAAGAUUAGAGUGGUUGAACGCCGAAGGAUGCAUUACUAGAAAAGUUAACCACAAAACGGCGACUCUCCGCUUGGUCAGAAACAAUUUUCGGGAAAUGCUUGUGGAAGUUCGAGGAGAAAAAGCAAAUGCUGUGAUAAAAUUUGCCGUGCGAGCUAUUUCUGUUUUCAACAGAUUUAUGAGCGAAGGAAAGGCUUCAAUCAAAUUUCAAGAGGAUAAGUGUACUUUGUUUCUGUCGAAUGCUCCAAUCGCUCAGCUCGUAACUUUCCUAAAGACGAUUUUCGUGAAAAUGACGGGACAAUCGGAGAAACCGAUAACGAAAAGUUCAAUGAGGGAUAAAUUGCUUUCGAAUGCAAAGGGAGGAGAAACGGAUAUUAGUCCUGCUACUACAGCUGAAGUAAAUAAAGCGAGGGAAAAGGCUGCAACUGUUUCAAGAGCUACGGUGACGACUCCGUCGCCAACAAGUAUCAGGAAGCGAAAAAUGACUGGUGAAAAUACCCCGAAGGCUCCUAGGGCGAAAAAGUUAAACAUGAGUAAUCCUACAAUUGGAGAAAUGACGGAGGAACAGAAGAAGGUCCUGGCUGCAAUUUUGGGAGGAAGGAAUGUAUUUUUUACGGGAAGUGCUGGCACGGGAAAGUCAUUUUUGUUGAAGAGGAUCAUUGCUGCUUUGCCUCCGGAUGUUACUAUGGCCACGGCAAGUACUGGUGUCGCAGCUUGUCAUAUAGGUGGAAUAACUCUUCAUCAGUUUGCUGGAAUCGGUCUCGGCACAGCCUCAGUCGAAGCUUGUUGUCAAAUGGCAUCAAAGUCAGCAGCAUCAACAAUAUUGCGAAAAACAAAACACUUGAUUAUAGACGAGAUAUCCAUGAUUGAUGCAGACUAUUUCGAAAAAGUUGAAGCCGUCGUUCGCUACAUUCGCCGAAAUGAGAAACCGUUUGGUGGAAUUCAACUGAUUCUUUGCGGUGAUUUCUUCCAACUACCUCCCGUCUCUAAACGAGACGAGAAAGUGAAAUUCUGUUUUCAGAGCAAAGCCUGGGCGAACUGUGUUCAGGUAAACUUUGAACUCCGUAUCGUUCACCGUCAAAAAGAUCCCAUCUUUAUCAAUAUUCUCAACAACGUCAGAAUAGGAAGAAUAACCGAAGAAAUCACCGAGAAAUUGAAAGCCACCUCGCUUCAAAAAAUCGAGAGCAAUGGAAUUUUGGCCACCAGGUUAUGUUCUCACAUCAGAGAAGCGAACGAGAUCAAUGACUCACAGCUGGAAAAACUACCAGGUGAUCAGAAAGUCUUUAUCGCCGAAGAUUCGGACAAGAUGAUGACGAAAACUUUAGACCAGCAACUUCCAGUUCCAAGCCGGCUUGUUCUGAAAGUUGGAGCGCAAGUGAUGCUUUUGAAGAACAUUAACGUGAGCAGUGGACUCGUAAACGGGGCAAGAGGAGUCGUGGCCAAAUUUCAGGACGGCUCUCCAGUCGUUCAUUUCCGGACCGGAGGACAGUACCAAGCAAAGAUGGAAACGUGGAGUAUAAAAACUGCAGGCGGUGGAAUAAUUCAACGAAAGCAAAUUCCGUUUAAACUUGCGUGGGCGUUUUCCAUUCACAAGAGUCAGGGCCUAACCUUGGACUGUGUAGAAAUGAGUCUCUCGCGAGUUUUUGAUGCUGGACAAGCCUACGUAGCACUUUCGAGAGCACAGAGUAUGGAGUGUCUCAGGGUUCUAGAUUUUAAUGCGAAGCAGGUUUGGGCGAAUCCACUUGUUCUCGAGUUUUACAAGAACUUCAGGAGACGUAUCCACGAAAUGGAAUUAAUUCCCUUGGGCAGGAAAGCUAAAUCUGUAUGUUGAUACUUAGGUAGAUAAUUAACGAAUUAAAUAUAUAUUUUAGGUUUAAAAUUGUGAAAUAAACUGCAAUGAAAAUCAUGAUUUCAGUUCGAUAUUUCUAAGACUGAUAGUAGAACAAAAAAGAAAGAAGAAAUGAAAACCCAGUGUGAAAGUACAGUGAUAGUCUAAAUAAUUUUUAUAUGGUUAGAAAGGAAAUGAUAUUUAUCAAGCGUCUAAGAGUGGGGUUUCGUGAUCGCCUAAUGGCUAUUAUAACAUUAAUUCCUGGCGAACUAUGAAAUAAUUUGCAAUAACAGGCAGCUUUUGAUGCUGCACAAACUUUCUAGUUUUAAUUUUACCAUCCCAGUAACUAUGUGAAAUUGUUUUGUGAUUUGAGGGAAAAAAAUAAAUAAACGAUUGACAAGAGAGUAA